AUGGAGAUGAAAGCAGUUGUCAGAAGAUAUGAAACAAGAAAUAAGACAGCAGGAACAGAACUGUCUUCCAAAUCCCGAGUUGAUUGGAGACGCACUAAAAGGGAGGUUAUACUGCUUGACAGCAGUGAUGAAUCCUCUCGUACCUCUGAGGAGGAAGAGCCUACCACAUCAGAAGAGGAAGAAGAUGAAAAAGAUGAAACUGUUGUGAAGAGCAGCCUUUCAGAUCAGGAAGAAAAACGUCAGGGUGGGGAAGUAACAGAAGAUAGUGAGGAUGAACGCAUUGUGCAUGGGAAGCGUAAAAGACUGAACUCCUCUGUCUUGUAUGACAGUGAUGAAAGUGAGGGCAGUGAUUUACUUGUAAGAAAAGUUUUUGCUAAACGCCACUGUAUAAUGGAUGAAGAUGAGAGUUCUGAAGAACAGCAACCAGAGAAAACCUGCCCUGCAGAAAACAUUUCUCCUAAUAGGAAACAGGAAGUGUUUGCAAAAUUGAAACUGCUUGCAAGACAAAGAGCAACUCGGAGAUACUUCAGCAGUGAAAAUUAUGAGCUUUCUAGUGAUGAAGGAGAAACAGAAGAGGAAUCAUCACUCUGUCACUUCCCCCUCACACCAACAGAAGGUAGUGAAACUGACAGUGACAGCAUGAAAGAUUUUAUAGUAGAGGAAGAGGAAGAAGAUGAUGGUGGUGGCAACACAGAGCACGUAAAGAGUAAACACCAGCCACAGGAGAAGGAACAAAAUCUAUCCAAUAGCGAGUUACUGGAGUACUACGUCCCACACCUAUCUCGCUGUGGUCAUUACAUACACUUCCAAAGAAUAGUAAAGGCUUUCCUCAUAAAUGCAAUUGAUGACACUUUUCUGGGCUCACUGUAUGAUGGAACAAGACAAAAGAAGUAUGCACAAGAUAUGUUGCUCUCACUGCAUUAUUUGGAUGACCGCUUCAUUCAGCCUCGUCUUGAGAACUUAAUCUCUAGAAGUCGCUGGAAGGACCGAUACAAAGAACGUGUGGAUUGUUACCCAGAUGUUCGCAUCAUCUUGACAAAUUCAGAAAAUAUGCCUUGUCAGGCCUGUGAAAUGAAUCGGUAUUGUAAGUUUAAUGUGAUCCUCUCUGGAAAGCUUUAUAACAGUAGAACUUUGGAAGCAGAUGACUUCAUGUCAGAUGACAAACAGGUCUUGAAGGUUGGUGUGGUGUGUGCAAAUCGUACAAGAGUUUAUCAUAAUUUGAAGCAUUUCAAAUACAAGGUGUAUGUGGAUUGCAGCACCUUCACUGAGUUGGAUGGUGUUAAGGAGGAACCAGUCAAAGACACAGUCGAACGGCUUUUCAGCCAGUUGGACGACAGCGGGUGGAUUCGGAAGAGAUAUAAUGAUCUUGAAGACUACAUGAAUGAUGCAGACAGUUUCCAAGAAGAGAAAAUAGAUUAAGUGGUCAUACAGCUCUUUGAAAGACAUCUUGUAAAAAAUUGGAUGGCCU